ACGAAAGGUGCGCGCGCGACGAACGUGUUACAAUUAUUAAAACAAAAAGUGAAAUCGGUUUGUGUCCGUCAAAAUGACUCCGUCACCAUAUGAACAUAUCUACUCAAACCAACAUCAGAAUAAGGACUCUGAGGUCAGAAAAGAAAAUAGCCUGUUAUCAAAAUGCUGUUUUUGUGUACCUCUAGAGACUGGUUGCUUUGUACUUGGGUAUACUAGCUUGAUUCUAAACUUCAUAAUAUCCAUGUUCUUCUUUGGAACUCUGGCUUUCUUAGCUAUUUACACCCAUGGUUUUCAAUACCUUCGUACCAAAGCCACAGAAGAUGGUGAGAGAGUUCCUGAUAUGGAUUCCAUGGAUAGUAACAAGUUGAUGCAGAUUAUUAUAAUAACUGUUUUGGAUGGAAGCUUAAAUCUGGCCUGGUUUGCCAUGUGUAUCGUCCUUCUUGUUGGUUUACAUAAGAAACAACCAGGCCAUAUUAAGUUACAAGUGUCAAUUGCUGCUCUCCGCAUACUUUUAUCGAUAGUUGGCGUGGCUUUGUAUACUGGGCACACCACUAACUCUUCAGUAUUUUGCACAGCAGAGAUUUUGCUCUCAGUGUUCUUCAUUCUGCUGUACUACAGUUACGCGAAACAAUUGAAGCAAGAACAACUAUCUGAUGACCCUAAAUCAUUGUCAGAAAUUGUGUCCGAAGUUAUCUUGAAAUAUCCUCAAAAUAUUGACAACUUUACUUUGCCUGAGAAGAAGGAAAAGUACUAACCAGACCACAUUUUUUGGAGUAUUGCAAUAAAUCCACCCCAUAUCCAACCUCGAAUCUCCAUACCUUCAAAAUAUCGGCAACGCCCCAUCGGUAUUGCAGGUGUCCGAGGACGGCGCCAAUUGCUUUUCUUUUUUUAUGUUAUAAGCCGGUGAACAAGCAUACGGAUUACCUGAUGGUAAGCAAUCGGCGCCGCCGGA